AAUUUUCAAAGAAUUUUUCCCAAGAAAAUAAAAUACAAUUGUAAUAGGAAGAAAUUUCACGAAACAAACCGAAGUUUUGCACACAAAAUCACCUACCAUUCGGAGAGAGAAAAAUGGACGACCCUUAAAAAUAUUUUAUUUGAAUCUUCUUCUUCAAAUAACUUCACGCAUUUUACUUCAUCCAUCAUCCCAAUCUUCAAUCUUUCGAGCUCGGAUUCGCAAAGUCUUGAAUUUGUAUGUCGGAGAUUCCGAGGAUUGAACAGUUUUGACAAUUCUCUUAUCUUGGUUUAUGUUGAUUGAUUAAGUGUUUAGAGGGUUAACAGGUUUUUUUGAGAAAUAGUAGACUGUAAGGGAUUUUUGGGGGUUGAAUUUGUGUAAGUGAGCCAAAUGAAUGUGGUGGGUAAAGUUAGUAGCUUCAUAACACAAGGAGUGUACUCUGUUGCCACACCGUUUCAUCCGUUUGGUGGGGCGGUUGACAUAAUCACUGUUAAGCAGCAUGAUGGCACGUUUAGGAGCACGCCUUGGUAUGUUCGAUUUGGAAAAUUCCAAGGCGUUCUCAAAGGGGCGGAGAAGGUUGUCCGGAUAGAAGUCAAUGGUGUGGAAGCCAAUUUUCAUAUGCAUCUUGAUAACUCCGGUGAAGCGUAUUUUGUUAGAGAGGUUGAUGCGGACAAGGAUGAUCACGAGGGUAUUAAGGACUCAGACAGUCUUGAAGGCGGGAGGGAGGAUAAUAGUAGUGUUUAUAGUAAUGCAGAGAGUGGUUCUAAAGAAAAUGAUUUUUUUGGACAAGAGAUUGAUGACUUUAAUAGUGGUGAUGUAGAGAUGCGAGAGUUACGCACUUCACUUAGUAUGAAGAGGUUAGAGAGAGUCGAGUCUGACAAUGAGCGGAUUUUCUAUGAGUUUCAAGAUGAACAAUCUUCUUUGGAUGGUUCGGUUGAGUUUUCUGAGUAUGAUUCUGGUAGAUACGAUAAUUUAGAUAGUGUGGAACAUGCACUGGAGGAAUCACAAAAUUCGAAUUCGGAGGUAGUUUUGGUGAGUGUAGAUGGGCAUAUACUAACGGCGCCUAUAUCAUCGUCUGCGACAGAUGCUGCAAGUGUGCAACUAAGCACACCUCAUCUUCACCUUGGACCAGGUGAAAGGACUCAACAGUUUAACAGGAGUGAUGAGUCGUGGACAACGAAUUAUAUGGAUGAGCUUGACUCCACUACUCAUGAAAUUACUUCAGGAAAAAAUUGCAAUGGAAACAAGGACCCUCAAUCUUCUGAACAGUUGGAAUAUCGACAAAGUGAUGAAGAGCAUCUAUAUCAUCUCCAAGAAAGUCCGGCAUCGAAUCAUGACAAGGAACUCAGCGUAGAAAGUGGCUCUGAAUCAGGUAGUUUUAGAAGGCGAGAUGUAUUCAAGAGUUGUUUGGAGUUCAUGGAAUUGUCUCAGCAGUCGACAAAUGAGGAUCAGGAGGAUAUCAGUUCUUCAGGAGACCAGAAAUCUCCUUUCAGUCCUUGGAUGAAUGACGAGCCUGUAGAACAGAAUCUUGAAAUAUCAAGAGAAAAUGGCGAAUCGUAUUGCCACGAGUCUGGAAAUCCUAGCAAUGUCUCAUUGCCAGAGUCACAGGUUGAAGCUUCAGCUCAUGAAAGAUAUGAUUCCAAUACGGAUCCUGAUGGUUCUGAUCGCAUGGCUGUUCGAUUAGUUAGUGUUGAUCAGGACUCAGUGGAAGUUGAUCGCACCAUCGGAACAAUGAAUGAUGGCAGGGAGUCUCCUUCUGAUGUAUAUCAAGAAAGGGACCAGGACCGUGUAGAACCUCAAACAGCUUCUUCAACUGGAUACAAAAAUUUAGAUAUAUCGUCAGGGUUGGAGAUAUCUCUUUGCGCAAAGUUGCUUCAUGCUGGAAUGGGUUCGAGUGCAGCACAAGAUGCCUUCGACUCUAAGCGCAUAUCAUUGGAGGACUUCAAACUUUCACCUGCAUCAGUAGUGAAAAAUGAAGACCUGAUUGUUAGAAUUCAGGGGAAGUACUUACCAUGGCAUAAAGCUGCACACGUCGUUCUCGGCAUGGCUGCUUUUGGCGAGUAUAUACCGGUUGAGCCAGAUGAUUCAAUCCCGGUCGAACAGGAGAAGCCAGAAAUAAAGGAAGAUGAUCCACAGAUGGUGUCUACUCAAUCUCGCAGAUGGAGACUCUGGCCAAUCCCAUUUAGGAGGGUCAAGCCACUCGAACAUGCCACUAGCUACUCAUCUAAUGAAGACAUCUAUGUUGGUUCUGACUCUGGCUCACAGAGCCAACAGGCAGCUACAACUCCCACAGCACAGGCAGCUAGCGAGUCUCCCCGCAAGCAGUUUAUAAGAACCAAUGCGCCCACUACCGAACAGAUAGCAUCUUUGAAUCUCAAAGAGGGACAAAAUAUGGUGAGUUUCAAAUUCUCUACCAGAGUUCUUGGAUCCCAGAAGGUUGAAGCUCAUAUAUACUUGUGGAAGUGGAAUACACGAAUCGUGAUAUCAGAUGUGGACGGGACUAUUACCAAGUCUGAUGUUCUUGGCCAGUUUAUGCCAUUGGUAGGAAAAGACUGGACUCAUUCUGGGAUCGCCCAUCUUUUUUCUGCAAUAAAGGAGAAUGGUUACCAACUCUUAUUUCUGAGUGCACGGGCUAUUGUUCAAGCAUACUUAACGAAAAGUUUCCUAUUCAAUCUCAAGCAGGAUGGUAAAAGCUUGCCAAAUGGACCUGUUGUCAUUUCCCCUGAUGGAUUAUUUCCCUCGUUGUACCGAGAAGUUAUACGGCGAGCCCCACACGAAUUCAAGAUUGCAUGUUUGGAGGAUAUUAAGGCUCUGUUUCCUCCCGAUUACAAUCCAUUUUACGCGGGCUUUGGGAACAGAGACACUGACGAGCUCAGCUACCGGAAAAUUGGGAUUCCAAAGGGAAAAAUCUUCAUAAUUAACCCAAAGGGGGAGGUGGCUAUUAAUCGUCGUAUUGAUGUGAAAUCAUACACUUCGCUGCACACGCUGGUGAAUGACAUGUUCCCACCAACAUCACUGAUUGAGCAGGAGGAUUAUAACUCGUGGAAUUACUGGAAAAUGCCUUUACCCGAUAUCGAUAACUUGUAGAAGCCCGGCUGAAGCCCGGUUAGGCCGGAAUGCGGAACUGUAUCAGUGGCUGGAGAUGCUGGGACAUAAUUUUUUUUGGUAACCAGUAUUCUUUUCAUCAGUUUUUUUUCUUUUUUUUAACCUCAGCAUAUGAUUUAGUACUCUCAUUACUGUUAAGUGCAAAAAAACUCCAUAUCUAUAUGUAAACCAUAGACUAUUCAUAGUUGUACUAAGUUGAUGCCCAUAAUCUUCUUUAAUCAAUAAAUCUAUUCAUCUCAUCACAA